AUGUGGCGUGGCUUGGAGCAGGAACGUCAGGGAACCAGAGUCAAGACAGAUGCAGCCGACGAUGUGUCUCGGUUGCGUCCUCGCAUUGAGAGGGACGUCACCGUUGAGAUCUGGACAAUGCGCGACAAAAAGGCACAGCCAGUUGGCUUGAUGAUUUUAUGA